AUGGCCGAGCAAGAGCAAGAGAUGGAAAGAGUCAAUGAAGAGCUUAUAGAUCUAUGUGGGAAUAUAGGUCAAAUAAUGGAGAUGUUGCAAACAACAGUUGCUACUCCAACAACUUGGACUCCCUUUGGUAUUCCUCAUGGUUUUGUGCCUCCUCCUCAAGGACAGUCCACCCAACAUACAGUUCCACUAACUACUGAAGUUAAUCAAGUGAUUCCCACUUUUGUACCCACUUCCAUGCACACUCGAGUUCGAUCGUACUUCGAUGAUCAUCAACAAGUGUAUGAUAUACCUGAUAUGUCUGAAGAAGGUGAUGAAAGACAUGAAAAUCUGAGAGAAAAUGUUGAAACUAUUGAGAAAAGGCUGAGAGCAAUGGAAGGUGAUCAGAUCUUUGGUGUUGCUGCCAGAGAAAUCUUCCUUGUAUCUAGAUUGAUGAUCCCUGCAAAAUUCAAAACACCCAACCUUGAUCAACAUAAAGGAGCUACUUGUCCCAAAAGUCAUCUCAUCAUAUACUAUAGAAAGAUGGCAGCUCACGUGGAUAAUGACAAACUCAUGAUCAAUUAUUUCCAAGACAGUUUGAAAGGUGCCUCUUCCAAAUGGUACUUGACCCUUGAUCAGACUCGCAUCCGUUGUUUCCAAGAUUUGUCUGAUGCUUUCAUCAAACAAUACAAGUACAACAUGGAUCUAGCUCCUGAUAGAAGGCAAUUGUUGAGCAUAUCCCAAAAAGAUUCUGAAUCCUUUAAAGAAUAUGCACAAAGGUGGAGAGAGACUGCAUCUCAAGUGGAACCUCCAUUAACUGAAAAAGAAUUGGCAGAUUGGUUCGUCGACACAAUGUGA